GUGCGUAUUUUUAUUUAUCAAAGUCAUAGCUCAUAGUAAAAUAACAACGCCUUCUAAAUUUAGUUCCGUUUCAUCCAUUCACAAAUAAACAUGAAAUUCCCAGUUUGUGGUGUUCUCUUCCUUGUGGCCUCCUUGUUUGUGGCUAUGGUAUUGUGUGACGAGGCCAGAGGAUUCUUUAAAGAUUCAGAUCAUCCUGGCCGUUGUGUACAUGAAGGAUUAUUUUUAUUGCCCGGUGAACAGGGUAAACCCAAAGGACAAUGCAUGCUAUUCCUGUGCGAUAACAAAAAUGGCUUCGGCAGGAUUCAGGGUUGUAAUUACAAGGCUCCCAUGCCAAAUUGCUCUUUUGGUGACUACAUCAAUAUUGAUGCCCCCUAUCCAGAGUGCUGUAACAGACAUCAGAUAUGUCCUUAAAUAUU